UGCGUACGUGCGUUUUCGUAACUAUUUCUCUCAAAACUUAAAAUUACUCGCCAAAAUUAUAAAUUUUAGUUUUAAUUCCCACAACUUAAUGGAGAAAUGUUAACGUGUCAAAGUUUCGUGAACCGGAAUCGCUCCGGAUUUAGCCGGACUCUGACUCAGCAGCUGCCUCGAUUCAUUUCCGCCAGUCUAUUCUCAUCCGAUUCCUCAUCGUCUCAGCCGGAAGUGAAUGUGUCCCUCAGCUCCGGUCGGGUGGUUCAAAUUUCUUCUGGAAAUUUGGCCCGCUUUGCCAAUGGCAGUGCGGUGGUGACGAUCGGUGAUACAGCCGUAAUGGCAACGGCUGUAAGUAAAUCUAAACCCGGCGGGUCGAGUAGUUCUUUUCUGCCUCUUGUAGUUGACUAUCGGCAGAAGGCGGCUGCAGCCGGUAGGAUACCGACAAAUUUUCUCCGAAGGGAAUUGGGUCCUUCCGAGAAGGAAAUCUUGUCGGCCCGGUUGGUGGAUCGAUCGGUGAGGCCACUGUUUCCGGCGGAGUUCCGUUGCGAUACCCAGCUGGUGUGUAACAUAUUGGCAAUAGAUGCCAGUAAUCUGCCGGACGUUCAAGCGAUUAAUGCUGCCUCGGCAGCUUUGAGUCUAAGCGAUAUCCCUUGGAAUGGACCGGUGGGUGCUGUUAGGAUAGGGUUGGUGGAUAAAGAGAUUAUUAUCAAUCCAACGAGGAAGGAGCUGCAGUCGUCCGACUUGGAUCUGGUUGUUUCGGCAACAAAGCAGAAUCUGGUGGUCAUGUUGGAAGGCAAGGGAAACGUUGUUAAUGAGAACGAGCUCAGGAUGGCAAUUAAGAAGGGAACACAAGAAGCUCAGCUUAUAAUAAAUGGGAUUGAAAAGUUACAGAAACAAUCUGGAAAACCUAAACGGACCCUAGACCCGUUGAUUCCAGUUGACCAGGAGAUUGAGGAUGCAGUAAGGACUAUGUCAGAAAUGCGGUUGAGGGAAAUUUUUCGGGAUUUCGCACAUGAUAAGAUCAGCCGCGAUGUAGCAGUCAGUAACACUCGUGGUGAUACCUUGGAUAAGGUGUGGUCCAGUUACCCCAGCGUAGAUCCGGCAUUGAUAAGCGAUGUGUUCAAUAGAUUUACCAAAAAAGUCUUUCGAGAAAUGGUAUUCGAAGAGAAUCGGCGCUGCGAUGGUCGGUAUUUGGAUGAUGUUCGCAAGAUUUCUUGUUCGGUAAAUCUCUACAAACCCCUGCAUGGUUCUUCUCUAUUUCAACGGGGUCAGACUCAAGUAUUGGCAACGGUGGCGCUAGAUUCCCCUGAAAGUGCCUUGAAAUUAGAUCACCUAACGUCCCUGGACACUGGAGUUAAAUCAAAAAACUUUUUCCUACAUUACGAGUUUCCACCUUACGCCACAGGUGAAACGGGGAAAAUCGGACCAGUUGGCAGGAGAGAAAUCGGCCAUGGCGCACUAGCAGAAAAAGGAUUGUUACCAGUUAUUCCUUCUGAUCAUCCGUUCACAAUCCGUUUAACUUCAGAAGUACUCGAAUCGAAUGGAUCCAGCUCGAUGGCCACUGUUUGCGCAGGAUCCAUGGCAUUGAUGGACGCAGGAAUUCCUAUAACAGAACCGGCAGCUGGUGUGGCUAUUGGUCUUCUCACCAAAUACGAGAACAACGACACGAAACAUCUACAGGACUACAGGAUAUUAACGGAUCUGUUAGGAAUCGAAGACUACAUGGGCGAUAUGGAUAUGAAAGUUGCUGGAACGCGAAAAGGAAUGACGGCCAUUCAAGCCGAUAUCAAAGUACCGGGUAUCCCGCUCAAGGUUGUUAUGGAAUCUUUACAAAAAGCAAUGGAAGCUCGCUUCAAAGUCCUAGAUAUAAUGGGCGAAACUAUUUCCGCAACCAGAAGCCUCAGAAAAGAUUGCUGGCCUGUAACGGAUAAAAUGCUCAUCGAACCUCACCAACGGUCGAAACUUAUCGGACCAGGCGGUCUAAAUCUUCGUAAGCUGUACCUCGAAACUGGGGUUCAAGUGAACCAGGAAGACGACUGCAGCUUCCGGAUAUUUGCUCCCUCGGAAGCGGCCAUGCACGAGGCCAAAGAGUAUCUGGAUGGACUGAUGAAGGUUGAGAAAAUACCGGACCUGGAGUUCGGUGCCAUCUAUACGGCACGCAUUGUGGAGCUGAAGGAUACCGGCGUUAUGGUUACGUUGUACCCGUCGAUGCCUCCUACAUUGCUGCAUAAUUCCCAGUUGGAUCAACGGAAGAUUGCCCACCCCUCAGCCCUAGGAUUGGAAGUAGGUUCCGACCUUCAGGUAAAGUAUUUCGGACGAGAUCCCGUUUCCGGGUUCAUGCGACUAUCGCGUAAAGUACUUCAAGGGCCAGCUACCAGUUUAAUUAGAAACUUGGACCGAUCCACUGCCAUAAAUAGCAAUACUAGUAGUACCUUAAACGCUUCCAGUCCAACGGAAAACAGUAAUAGUAAUAGUCAAUCCAGUGGUGGUGCCGAAGUUAAAUCCUAGUUUUAUUUGGUUCCUUGGUUUAUGAAGGUAGUUUUCAUAAAAAUCAAAUCUAAAGUCACACACACGAUUAAACCAUGUAAAUAGUUACAAAUUGUACUGUUGAA